AUGUCGUUGCUGUUCGAGCUCUUCUUCGUGCUGUCGCUGCCAAAGAAGCUGGUCUAUGCGACAGGGGCCUCGGGGAAGUUUGGAAGAGCACUCCUAGUUUGCAUCUUCCUACGUGGAGGAUUGGCAACGUACUCACCGAAGAAAAUCGUGGGUUACCACUAUGGAAAGGCAACUUGCGCCAUUCUCGAUGAUGACUCCGUAAAGUGCUGGGGCCAGGUUUACAAUGGUAUGCAAGCGACGGGCAAUGAAGGUGCGAUCGGAAACGCUGCCAACCAAAUGGGGGAUAAUUUACCCUCCUCCGAUUUUGGUGUUGGCAGAACAGCUGUGGACAUUGGCGUCUCAGCUUAUGCGAUGUGUGUUCUAAUGGACAAUGGCCUGGUCAAAUGCUACGGACAGACUACAAACGGCGCAUCCGGACAACCGGACACAGUCUUAUCCGACAUCGGCGUCACCGAUUCGAAGAUCGGCGACGACGCGUUCGAGCUUGGCGACUUCCUUCCGGCUAUCGAAUUAGGUACUUCUCGGAGCAUUUUCAAGGACUACUCGUGGUUCGUUUACUCGAAGUUUGCUGCUGUGGCGCCGGCCGAGAGCCGGCCACGGAAAGACUUUCUGCGAUUCCUGCGUGAGGACGCGACUUUCAAUGUGAAUACCUUAACUACCUGGUGCUUUGCAACAAAUGGGGAUCCGAUUCGGAGGUUGGGCUAUGGCGACCUAACCGACCGUUCGAGCACCGAAGCACAAAUGGGGGACGGCAACAAUGACAUUGGAAAAAGUGCAAACCAGAUGGGCGAUUAUCUUCCUGCGAUCGACGUGGGUGCUGGAAGGACGGCGAUCUUGGAUGAUGGCAACCUCAAAUGCUGGGGCUAUGGUAACCAUGGCCAACUUGGCUACGGUGAUCGGCGUGAUCGAGGGGGAAACGAUCGAAAGAUGGCUACAAUACCCACAGUGGACUUGGGCACUGGCCUUACUGUCAAGAAGGUUUUUGCAGGAUGGGACAUGACUUGCACAAUUCUUUCAGAUGACAGGUGUUGGGGGAACAAUGGAAACGGCAGGCUGGGCCACGGAGACGACACGCCGAGUGAUGCAUGGGGUGUCGGGGAUGAAGCAGGUGAGAUGGGAGAUAAUCUCCCCGCUACAAACUACGGCACAGGCAGAACUGCUCAGCACAUAACCAUCGGAAAUGGUUUUCAGUGUGCUCUGUUGGACGAUGCCACCGUGAAGUGUAUGGGAUAUGGCGAGUGGCUCGGGUAUGGCGACACAACGGACCGUGGCCAGGAUUCAUCACUUUUGGGUGACCACUUGCCCGUACUGGACUUCGGCACCUUGCCGACAACGUUGAUGCUCGGCACACAUGUGGACAACCACCUCCUCUACCCAGUCCAGCACCAGUUCGAUAAGCACCACUUCUUCCGUGAGCACAUCUUCCAGCACAACAGAGACACGAACAUUAACGACCUCCACCACCAUGAGCUCCACAGAAGUCCGGAGGAGAUGGCGAUGCAGCAGAGAGAGGAACGGCGCCAGGAGGAGGCGAUCCAAGCUUCCAAAGCUUCGCGCCAGGUGGACGCUAAAGAGGAGGCAAUGGCGGCCGAAUUGGCAGAGUCCUUGAAUUUCAACACCAGCCAAGGUAACGCAACAGGCGGAAUCUUGGGCGAAGUGUCAGCAGAGGUGGACACGGGGCAGUUGAAGGUUGUGGCCUUCUUGCCAGAGGCACUGGACAGCAACGUGACCACCGUCACCGCCUUUACAACGUCUCAGGAAGAAGUCUCCCGGGUUGAAGUCCCUCGAGAGGUGUUGGCCCAAGCCGCGACAGCAGCCGGAGAAACAGGAGCUGUCCUGCUGAGCAUCACCACCAUCAAAUCGCAGGUUGCAAGUAAGCUCCACGAUCGCAGAGUUGAAGGCGAAGCAACGUCCUUGGUCGGAUCGCAUGCUGUCAGCAUCAACAUGCGAGCUCCUGAUGGAUCGGAACUCAGCGUGCAAAACCUGGACGUUCCUCUUCGGAUUGUGAUCAAGACGGACAUGGAGAACGCCACAUGCGCCUUCUGGGACGAACGAGAAAAGCGCUGGUCCCCGCGUGGAGUCACAACGGUGCCCGACCCUGUUCCGGGGCAGAUUACGUGCUUGACUGUCCAUCUCUCUAUCUUCGGCGCUGUAGCCCAGGUCAUUUGGGACAAUGCGCUCCUGGCCCUCGCUUGCAGCAGCGCUUGGGAGCUGCUAACCCCCGCUGGAUUUCAGCGCUUAUCGGAGACAAAGUGGCAGUCGACCCUCCCAGCAGUCUCUGUCUUCGUCUUCCUGGCACUCUUUGCGCUGGUCUUCGCCCGUGCUGCCUUGGUGGACCGACGGAACCAAAACAUGGUACCCUGGGAGGAGAUUGAGCCCGCACUCUUCAGACAGGCUCCGGCCUCCAAGGCGGAGGAGGAGGUCCCCAAGGGUUGGUGCAUGCAGCGAGUGGCAGAGGCCAAGGAUUGGACCUUGUGGUGCGCAGGCAUUUGCUUCGGCGUCCAAGAUAUCGCCGGGUUGAUCUUGGAGUGCAAGGCUCCAGAGGCUAGCGUGAACAGGUGCAUCAGGUCCCUGCACGCACAUCGGAGCGGUGUGGCCAAGGAUAGCCUUGCAAUCAUCCUGCAGCCCGACGAAAAGUUCGAAUUGGAGGAGGAGCCCGUCAACCGGCAGAUCAGUCGGACCGUUGCCCGCCGGAGCCGUUUUUCUCGCUUGGUACAGGAAGUGGGCCUGGGCACCAAUAUGGACGGCUUCGGCAAGGCGCUUCGAGACUUGGGCGCCCGAUGGAAUGUCCACAUCCACGGGGCCAGCACCGUCCAGUGCAUGCUCGGCAGCCGUUGGCCCCGUCGCGACCUUCUCAGAGGCGCUUAA